AUGGAUGAGCUUGGGGAGAUCAUAAGGCCCUUCUUUCCUCGUCUUCCUUACGGAAUGCCUGGUGAAGGUGGUGCAGCACCUGGCCCAAACAUGCCUGGUCUCCCGGGUCCCUCUGAGCCAACAGCCCUAAUUUCGGCUGUCCCGGACUCAAGGGAGAUGAAUCGAGAUUCCCCAUCAUUGUCGGAGGAAUUUCCUUUCCUUCGCAUGGGAUCCGCCGAGUUUCGGGAGCUGGCGGACACACUUCGGGAACCCCCAUUAAUGGAGGAUUCGGUACGCCGCGAGGAGCUGGAAAGCUUCUUUCGCGGGUGGGUCGCGGCUGGGUUCGAACCCAAGUUUGAUGAGGGGCUCGUGGAGAUGCAAUUUAAGCUAGAACUUAAGCUGGAAUAUGCGCUGCGUGAAGACGGCUUCACCGAAAACUCCAUCAUUGAAACUCGCCGGAAAUGGAGGAGUUCGGCUUUAACGGCGCCGGCACAGGCAAGGUUUCUCACAAGAAAAGCCCUGAAGCGAAGCUUAGAAACAGCCAAUAUACGGGACAGCGCUCCGUAUAAAAGGGUACUCCGUGACGUUUCCAAUUAUCAAAUCGGCCUAACAAGGUAA